GCAAUGUAUCUUUUUAUUCGGGACACGCAGCGACGAUUUCGGUCUUCUGAAGAAGAGACGAUCUUGAUACUAUCUUGCUGAAGAAGGUAAGAACUCGCAGACAAGAGUGUCCUCUUCACAUUUGAUGCAAUUUUGGCUCGACCUGACGAAAACAUUGGCGUCGGGUGCAGGCAAACGUUGUUACUUACUUCAUCGUAACUCCAUUAGCUCUAUUGAAUACAUCAAGAGCAGAAUAGAUUCUGACUCCAAAUCAAAUUUCCUAGCUCGGCAAUGCGCACUCUGUUUGCAUCAGGUCUCAUGCAUAGUCUGUUCAUGGACUGAGGAGGUGCAAUUUUCCAGCGAUGAGUGGACGUGGUUUUGUCGUACUGGCUACUUUACUAGUGUGGAGAGGAACAGCACUGGAGCAGUUACAAUUUGUAACAACUGAUCGAAAUUCAACGAGACCGGGGCUUUCGUGUCUCCAAGCCUGUACGGCUUGCUUGAACCAUGUAUCCGCCUCAAGUCGUUUGAACGGGAACUGUGUUAUCACCCAAAGAUGUCUGAAGACUUUCGAACAGAUUCUUGGAAAAGCCGCUCUUCUCUUAGGUAGUUCCUGUAUCAACAACAACAACAGUAAUGCCGCACAUCAAGACAAAUUCUCCGCGAUGUCGUUCGCAAAUUAUACAAGUUUAUGGCACGAGACUCUAAGAAAUUGCGGUCGAUAUUGCUCGGAUCCUGAGAUGCAGUGGAGACCUAAUAGAGACUUGGAUAUUUUCCUGACAACUCACGCCACGUCGUUGAACAUUUCACUAGAGUCACCAGACAUAACCUUUAUUCCAUCCGAAUUGGCGAUAACCGUUAUCAGUGCGGUUGUGACCGUAGGACUGCUCGGGAACGCUCUUGUGUUUUACACUUUGUGUGGACGAGCCCGUACCUCUGCCGUGAUCAGUUCUUACAUUCUCAAUCUUUCUGCGGCCGACUCCAUCUGUGUGCUCACCGCGCCACUCAUGCUCUCCCAGGACGCGUUCGACGCCUUGCUGUCCUUGGGAAAUGUCGUCUGCGUGUGCGGACAAACCGUAUACAUGGUCACCCUUGCAGCUUCGAUGCUGACCCUAGCGACCAUGUGCGUUGAACGAUACCUAGCGGUGGCUCACCCGCUACAAUCUCUGCGAUGGCGAUCUGCAGGGAAAGCGCGGGCAGCCUGUGUUCUGACUUGGGUCUUCGCCGUGCUUCUAUCUCUGCCUAUGUUCAUCUUUUGGAAAUUAAGGCCACAAAACGGAGCUAACGGCAUUAACCAAUGCGACUGGCACGCCGAACAGCUCUGGCUGUCCGUCUACUAUAGCGUCUAUGGCGUAGUGAUGGGGUCUCUUGGACUUCUAAUCUUCGUCCUGUACUGUUGCAUGCUUUCCCGACACAGCGCCAGACGAGAUGACCAACAACCGGACAGUUGUCACGAGUCACGCCGUAUCCGUGCCGUGCAGAGGAAAGUUGUGCGCAUGGUCUUGGUAUUACUGAUGGUCCUGUCCUUUUCCUAUCUCCCCUACUACACUUGGUGGUUAGUACGGGUCACACACUCUUUCUCAACGAUGGGACUGACUUCUCAAACAUUCGAGAGAUUAGAAUUCGGACUGUUUACGUUGACGUAUCUCAACAACUGUUUGAACCCGUUCAUGUACACGUUGUUGAGCGAGAACUAUCGGGAAACGUUCCGAGCAGCUUGCCAGUGCGUGAACACCUGCUGUUGUUGUAACAGUCCUAGGACACUAUCCAGUCCCGCAGCAACCAACAGUGGUCUGUAAGUGUAAGUAAGACUGAUGAG